AUGGGCCUGGUAGAUGAGGGCCGCUCCUACGUUGAUGCUAUGACCAGAUAUUACAAUGUUGAACCUAAUAUCAAGAACUAUGUACGCAUGGUUGAUCUACUUGCACGUUCAGGGUUGCUCAAAGGAGCUGAGAAACUUAUUGACAGUAUGCCUAUAGCUCCUGAUGUUGCCACUUGGGGUGCUCUUCUUGGAGCUUGCAGAAAACAUGGUAAUAGUGAAAUGGGGGAAAGGGUUGGAAGGAAGCUCCUUGAACUUCAGCCAGAUCAUGAUGGAUUUCAUCCUCCAGGCACAGAUGAGGUUUUACUUGAUAUUGAUAAGGAAGAAGAAGAAAGUACCCUGUUUAGACAUAGCGAAAAGCUUGCAAUCGCCUAUGGGCUCAUUUCUAUGGCUCCUUCUCCUCCUAUAAGAAUAAUCAAGAACUUAAAAAUAUAUAGUGAUUGUCAUGCAGCUGCAAAACUACUAACAAAAGCUUUUAAUCGCGAAAUUGUGGUGAGGGAUCAACAUCAGUUUCAUCAUUUUAAGGAUGGCUCUUGUUCCUGCAUGGAGUUUUAG